CAAACGUCACUGAUUAAUUUCGAUUCGUCUUUGCUUGUGGUUUGCUGUAAACAUUGUUCGUCGAUAUGAAUAUUCUGUGUAAUUUUGACAUAGCAAAAUGAUAGCAAAUUAAAUUCUUAAUUUUUAUCGUCAAAAGUUUUUUUUUCUGUUGUUGUCAUUUAAAAGUGUACAGUUAAUUGAACCGAAAAGUGUUAAUAUAUAACUUUCGGUAUGUAAGUAUCCUAUCCUAUGAAAUAUACGUGUCUAUCGUCUGUCAAACAUAUUCGUGUGUGAUUUUAAAUCGAAAAUGAUUCAGGGAUAUGGACCAGUAACACAGGCACUAUUGGGUACGUUAUUAACAUGGGGACUAACGGCAGCCGGUUCUGCUAUGGUGAUAUUCUUGCGAGGUAAUCAGCGUAAAUCUCUUGAUAUCGCCCUCGGAUUUGCCGCCGGUGUAAUGAUUGCAGCAUCAUUUUGGUCGCUAUUGGCACCGGCAAUUGAAUUAGCUGAAAGUUCCGGAACAUAUGGUGCUAAGGGAGAAUACGCUUUCAUACCCGUAGCUGGCGGUUUCUUAUUGGGAUCAAUAUUUGUAUUCGGAACAGACAAAAUCAUUUCUUAUUUGGGCAUCAACAGUCCACAUAUGAUGAUUGCAUUGACACAUUCAAGCAAAGACAAGGUUGACAUUGCUAUUGACGACACCGAAAGUAAUCUGGAAUACCAGAAGCGUACUCAGUAUUCUAGUGUGUCGAAUGGUAACGGAGAGUCGACCACAAUCGGAAUGGACAGUUUUGCUGAUUGCCUGAACGUUCAGCACGGAGUGUCCACGUCAAGAAGGAGAAGGAAGAAUAGCGAUAGCAAAGAACAGGUAAAUUCGGCCGGAAUGCAUCCGAAUAAGCAGCAGAAAUUAAUUGGUUUUGAUUCAAAGGCCACAUAUUCAGCAAGUCAACAAGCUUUAAAUCAUCAAAACGCCCUUGCUCAGUGGAAACGAAUUAUUCUGCUAGUGAUUGCCAUCACAGUGCACAAUAUUCCCGAGGGUCUGGCAGUUGGGGUCAGUUUCGGUGCGAUUGGAAACACUGAAUCUGCGACGUUUGAGUCGGCAAGAAAUCUGGCUAUUGGCAUUGGAAUUCAAAAUUUUCCAGAAGGACUAGCUGUUAGUCUGCCCUUGCAUGCGGCCGGUUUCAGUAUGCUGAAAAGUUUCUGGUAUGGUCAAUUAUCGGGCAUGGUCGAACCGGUAUUCGGUGUUCUUGGUGCUGUGGCUGUAACGGUUGCUUCAAUAAUAUUACCGUAUGCAUUAUCGUUUGCUGCUGGUGCUAUGAUCUACAUUGUUGCUGAUGAUAUUUUACCGGAAGCUCAUACCAGUGGUAAUGGACAGUUGGCGACAUGGGGGACGAUUGUCGGUUUUAUCGUUAUGAUGUGUUUGGAUGUUGGAUUGGGCUAAUUUUUGUCGACAAAUGAAUUUUAUGCAAUAAAAAGAAGCGGAAGUUUCAGCCACUUCAAACUUAAUUUUUUUUUUUUACAAAUUUUAUUUUGAGUUUAACUUAUAAUAUUCAUAGGAUUCAUAGUUUUCGGUUUGCAAAAUGAACUUAAAAAGCUGUUAAUCGUAUGGACUCUGAAUAAAAUUAUAAUUCUGCGUAUUAUAGUUCAUAUACUACGCAGUACCUAGUUCUGUAAAUCUAAUUGUAUGUACGAGCGAAUUCAUUAGAAUUAAACCAAAAUUCUUAUCAGAAAUUACAGAUUGUGAUCUUAGUUUAGUGUUAUGGACGGUUACAAACAGAGCACAAACAGAUGAAGAAA